AUGAACGAUAUACGAGGGCCAGGCGAGCUCAACUUUGAAUCGACCAACUUGUUUGAAGCUUGGGCAAAAUGGAAAAGAAGUAUGCAGUAUUAUCUAGUCGCGACAUGCAAGGACAGAAGCGAAGACGAGAAAGUCGCUAUUUUUAUGUGCAUGAUUGGCAGACAAGGACAAGACAUCAGAGAUACAUUCGAACUUGAUGAAGACAAAGACGGUGAAGAAAUCGUAACAGUGGAAAUACUAAUUCAGAAGUUCGAGCAGUACUGCAAACCAAGGAAAAAUCUAAUCGUUGAGCGACAUCGAUUUCUAACGAGAAAUCAAGAACAGUCUGAGACAAUCGACCAAUAUGUGACUGAACUCAAGACUCUGGCUACAAGCUGUGAGUGGGGCGACAUUAAGGACGAUUUAAUCUGCAGUAGAAUCGUAAGCGGGAUCGUUUCGACUAGAGUCAGAGAAAGGCUUAUUCGAGAACCCAAAUUAAAGCUUACACGAGCGAUUGAAAUAUGUCAAGCAGACGAAUUGUCAUUACAACAAUUAAAGCUAUUCAACAACGAUAAAGAAGUUGGGGCAAUUAACAAAACACGUCAACCGCGACGGAAAUAUAUCCCGAAAAACAACCCAGAAGCUAGAAAGCCAAGACAAGAUCGAGACGAAAGCAAAACCUGGAAGACUUGUACGAAUUGUGGAAAUAAGCAUCCGAAGCAAAAGUGCCCAGCGUUUGGUCGACAGUGCAACAAAUGCAAGAAAUUCAAUCACUACGCAAAGAUGUGUCGCUCAAGCGGAAAAUUAGAUGCAAUCGAGACAAAAUAUUCAAAACCUGAUGAAACCGGCGAUGAUUUUCUAUUUCUUGACACAAUAACAGCCGCCGUAGACGAGACAAAAACACAAAGUCAAAAUCAAGCAGAAUAUGCGACCCUGUCGGUGAACAACACUGAAGUUAAGUUAAAAUUGGACACUGGGGCAGAAGUGAACGUUAUUCCAAUCAGAACUUACAAAGCUCUAGCGACCACCACAAGAAUACAGCUUAGAAAACCAACAGUUAAUCUCGUUGCGUACAACGGCAAGCCAGUCCCCGUGAAAGCUGUGUGUAACUUGCAGUGCAAGUAUCGAGGAGAAGAGUACGAUCUGGAGUUCUACAUAUCCGAAUCACCCAGUGAGCCAGUACUCAGCAUAGCAGCCUGCAAAGAAUUAAACCUCGUCAAAUUUACUCAGGAAUUGAAAUCAGAAUUGGUAGACGGUAGUUUUUCGAUGACAACACAGCAAGUUUCAGAAGACGAAUACUCAAAACAAAUUCGAAAAGAAUAUGCUGAUGUAUUUUCUGGAUUAGGCCGUCUCUCUAGACCGUAUCACAUGGAAGUAGAUCCCAUGGCAGACCCGGUCAUACAUCCGCCACGCAAAGUUCCACACCCUCUGAGAGAUCAACUAGCUGAAACCUUAGAAAAUAUGGUGAAACAAGGCGUUUUGCAAAAGGUCGAUGGUCCGUCUGAUUGGGUUAACUCAAUGGUAGUGGUCCAGAAAAAAGAUGGAAGUCUGCGUAUCUGCAUCGAUCCUAAAGAUCUAAAUCGAGCGUUGAAAAGAGAGCACCAUCAACUUCCAACAAUCGAAGAAAUUACAGCUCGAAUGCCAGGGGCACGGUAUUUUUCCACGUUAGAUGCAAGAUCGGGUUAUUGGCAGAUACCCCUCGACGAAGAAAGUUCCAAACUCACAACUUUCAAUACGCCAUUUGGUCGUUUCCGUUUUACCCGCAUGCCAUUUGGAAUCCGAAGUGCCCAGGAAGUAUUUCACAAACGAGUACAUGAAAUAUUCGAAGAUAUUCGUGGAGUGGAGACUGAUAUUGACGACAUUCUCGUGUGGGGAAGAACACUUCAAGAACACGAUUCGUACCGAACCUGUCAGAAAUCACGUCACCACUGCGAGAAUUGCUCAAGAAUGAUGUGUCGUGGCAUUGGUCUGAAAUACAUGCAAGUGCUUUCGAAAAGAUCAAAACCAUUCUUACAAAUACAGAGCCUGGAAUCUUAA